AUGAACCGUUCCGAGGAGCGGCGCAGCAAGACUGACAUGGCGCCAAUCCAAGUCAGCGUCGCCACUCGCGGUCGCGUAGAGCAGACAGGCCCAGCCAUCGCACGGAAACUACGAAAGGGAACUUGCGUCUCCAAAGAAAGCGCGCCAUUCGUGAAGAACUGCGGCUCGGACUGCGAGGAAGGCGUCAUGGCGGCUUCGCGCAAGGGAAAGCAGACUGCCACCCGCCCAAUAACGCGCACACCUCCCGAAUCGGCGACGCAAACUGGCUACGGCUUCGACGUGAAAAGCGACGAAAAGCGCCACGGAUUCGUGAUCGACAGACUCGACAUCCGCAGCCCCGCUGAGCUGGGCGGCCUGGCCAAGGACGACAGGCUCCUCGAGGUCAACGGGACGUCCGUGGAAGGCAAGACACACCAGGAAGUACUCGACCUCAUCAAGGAAGACCCGGUCAAAGUGGACCUGCUGGUCAUCGACAAAGAGACGGAGCAGCAGUUCGCGAAACGACACCAGGUUCCCAGCAGAAAGUCGUCCAAGGUGGUGUACAAAACGGCUCCCAGUGAGAUGCCGAUCUCUCCUCGCGGUCAAAAGCAAGUGGUUGUCCGCAAACCACCUGGGGCUUCCAGUGGCUCCACCCAUAUCGUUGCUAUCCAAGAGCUCUCCACCGAGCAUAUUCCGCCCGCACCCGCCAAUGUCGGCAAGCCAGGGAAAAAGGGAAAGCCGGUCAAACCCGCCAAACCGAAGGCGGCGGCCAAAUCGAAGGCGGCCGCCAAAGGCGGCACCAAGACCAACCCCGCCGAGGUGUCCAAGGCCGAGGCCGAGCUGCUGAAGAAGUUUGUGCUAGCGCGGGCAGCAGAGAACGCCGACGCAGACAAGGGCGCGGACGACGCCGAUCAGCAACCGACCGACAGGUUCGAGGCCUCGGAGGACGUCAUUCCCGGGCAGGCGCGCGAUGAGCAGGUCGGAACCUCGGGCAACGCGCCGUCCGCGUCACCGUUCUCGCCGGGCGAUUUGGAUUACUACGGGGGAGCAUUCGUGGACGACGCGGCGACUGACGCGGCCGGCUACUACUGGCCCGACGAACAGUACCCCUGGGCUCCUCCUCCGUCGCCCAUGUACGGGCAGCAGCCGUUCAGCGUGCCCGCGUCGCCACCGUACGCGCCUACCGUUUUCCCGACGUCUCCCAUUUCGGGUGCCGGCGCCUUCAUGCCGUACUCGCUUCCGGGGUCGCCGUUCUGGUCGCCGCCGAUGCUGCCGAGUAUGAUGCCGUACCAGACGCCCUACAUGCCCCUCGUGCCGACGCCGGGCUUCUAUGGUUUUCCGUACGUGCCGCCGACUUAUCCCGACUUCACUCCCUAUUCGGCCCCUUUCCCGAGGUACCCGCACUCCGGCGGCGAAGCCAACCAGCGCGAAGAACCGGCUGGAGAGGGUGCCGAUAUGCCGCGGCAUCAGGCGGGAUCUUCAGGAAGUCACAAAGAGGCGAAAAAGCGUAAGGACAAGCCGGCAAAAUCCAAGGCUAAGGACCAGACUUCGCCUUCGGCUCGGCACCACGAACAUAAGCCGGACAAGGGGCCUUGA